CCAGCUGUCCCUGUCCCUCUUCCCAGCCUUCUCUCGUGACUCGAUUCUUUAUCACUCCCAAUAAACAUGGCCUCAUCAUGCUACUAUUCCUUCCAGGAUUAACUAGUAUUGCUUAACUUCGGAGUAAUCCUACCACGCAAGGUGAUGUAAAGAUGAAAACAUUCUCGGGUGACAGGCAUAGACAUCAAGUUUUGAGAUGCGUCGAAACAAGAAGCUGUUUACCUCCCUCCAAGUAUUUAUUCUCUUGUGAUUCGCUUCAUCCCUCCACCCACCUGCUUGGGGACGUUUAUUUACUUGACGUACGCAUGCGCACUCCUGGAGACCGGUGGAGGCCGCCGGGCUGGGAAGCCCCGCCUCCCGACGCCGAGGAUUGCUCCGUUCCGCCAGAACACCCCCUGAUUGGUGGCCACGGCCCCGGCCCCGCUGCCUAUCAAAGUUGGCGGGAAAGCGGAGGUGGGGAAGCAUGGCGGCGGCGGCGGCGGCUGUGGGGGCAGCGGACUCCUUCGCCCGCGGCGGCCCAGCGGCUGUGCGGCUGCCGCGGUCGCCGCCGCUCAAGGUGCUGGCCGAGCAGCUGCGGCGCGACGCGGAGGGCGGCCCGGGCGCGUGGCGGCUGUCGCGGGCGGCGGCGGGCCGCGAGCCGCUGGAGCUGGUGACCGUGUGGAUGCAGGGCUCGGUGCUGGCGGCGGGCGGCGGCGAGGCGCGGCUGCGGGACCCGAGCGGGGCCUUCGUGGUGCGCGGCCUAGAGCGGGUCCCGCGCGGGCGGCCCUGCCUGGCCCCAGGAAAGUAUGUGAUGGUGAUGGGAGUGGUCCAGGCGUGCAGCCCUGAGCCCUGCCUUCAGGCCGUGAAGAUGACCGAUCUUUCCGACAACCCCAUCCAUGAAAGCAUGUGGGAACUGGAAGUGGAGGAUUUACACAGGAAUAUUCCUUAGAUGACAUUGGAACCACUGCUAAAAACAGCAGAAAUCCUGAAACAAUUUAAGUUCCGACACCAUGUGGAUUUCACGGGUACCGUCCUAUGUCUGUUUCUUAAAAGUUUCUCAAAGAGCUUAGCUUCGGUUGACCAAGGACUCCGGAGGUAGGAUUUCUAAACGCUGGGACACUCCACUUAACUCGGCCCUCGUGCUCCUUGCUUUGACGACUGUUUGCAGAUUAAAAGCAGAUGUGUGCUCUGUUUUUGUUUUUUUUGCUUUUGUUCCCUUUUGGUUUGCGUGUGCUAAUUCCCUUUAAAGCCCGCAGAAAUCUCAUGUUACAUUUUCCACAUUUUACGAGCGCUGAUAACUUUUUCUGUUGCUGCUGUGACCCUGUUUUUACGAUGCAGAAUCUGAAUGUCACUCCUUGCCGGUGGUGAUUUAAUUGUGGCUGUGGGCAGGGAAACAGACUUCCGGAAAUGGGAAUGACCUCUUGGCCCGCCUCUUCUCCCAUCGACAACUUCCAUAUCCAGUUUGCAAGUCAGACAGCGUUUUCCUGCUGUGGACACCAGCAGCCUCUCAGAGACAGUAGACGGUUCUUGUCUCUGAACCAUGUAAGGUACAUUCCUUGGAGAUACGGAUGGUAACACCUGUCAUUCUUCCUCACUUGGAGAUGUUGAAACACUCGCAAAGUUUCUUGUUGAAACUAAAAUCAAGAUUGAGAAUGACUUUUAGGCAUUAACUAAACUUCUGCAUCAUAACUUUUAGUGAGACACCGUAAGGGAGCGACCUUCUGGUGUGGAAGCUUCCCCCGCCCCCCCCCUCCAUUCUCAGUUUUAUUGAGAUAUAAUUGACAUACAGCAUUGUAGAAGUGUAAGGUGCACAGCAUGAUGAUUUUAGAGUUCUUACGUUUUCUGGAUGGAAUGACUUUCUCACGAUCAAAUUCAGUGUGGGUUUCUGCUCUCUGCUACUUACCAUGCCUUAUUUUUCUGAGAUUGUAAAUAUCAAGGGAGUCACAUGAUAUCCGUACGUUGCUGUAGAGUUUUGUUGGACUAUGGAUCAUCUACCACUAAUAAAUUAUAUUCUGUAUCUUUUAAAAAA